CUAGUCGCCGGGCUCACAGGGACCCCCGAGUACGCGUGUCCCGCUCCGUGCAGCGCAGCCCAGCGCCGCGAAGAGGCCCCAGGCUCGCGCCUCGCGCGCCCCCGCCUCGCGCGCUCCUUCUCCAGCCGCGCGCGCGCGCGUGCACACAUACACACGCUAGCUCUCCGGGCAUGCGCAGUGGGCGGCGCCGCUCCAGGCCGCCUCUUGCCGCCGCCGCGAGUAGGAAGCGCGAGCGCCGGGCGCCGGGCUGUCAGUGAGCGUGGGGCCAGCCAGCGAGCGAGCGAGCCGGAGAGAGCCAGAGAGAGCGCCUCCGCUCCCAGCUCCGAGCAGCGCAGCGCCGGCCCGGCUCUCCCCGGCCACCGCCGCCACCACCGCACCUCUGCACCGCCACCUCGGCCGCCGCCCCCGCCCACCCCGGCCCUCCCCGGCUGCUGCUCUCCGGCGGAGGCAAGAGGUGGUUGGGGGGGACCAUGGCUGACGUUUACCCGGCCAACGACUCCACGGCGUCUCAGGACGUGGCCAACCGCUUCGCCCGCAAAGGGGCGCUGAGGCAGAAGAACGUGCACGAGGUGAAGGACCACAAAUUCAUCGCCCGCUUCUUCAAGCAACCCACCUUCUGCAGCCACUGCACCGACUUCAUCUGGGGGUUUGGGAAACAAGGCUUCCAGUGCCAAGUUUGCUGUUUUGUGGUUCACAAGAGGUGCCAUGAGUUUGUCACUUUCUCUUGUCCGGGUGCAGACAAGGGGCCCGACACUGAUGACCCCAGGAGCAAGCACAAGUUCAAAAUCCACACUUAUGGAAGCCCGACCUUCUGUGACCACUGCGGGUCCCUGCUGUACGGACUUAUCCACCAAGGCAUGAAAUGUGACACCUGCGACAUGAAUGUUCACAAGCAGUGCGUGAUCAACGUCCCUAGCCUCUGUGGAAUGGAUCAUACAGAAAAGAGGGGGAGGAUUUAUCUGAAGGCCGAGGUCACUGAUGAGAAGCUCCAUGUCACAGUACGAGAUGCAAAAAAUCUAAUCCCUAUGGAUCCCAAUGGGCUUUCAGAUCCGUAUGUGAAGCUGAAACUUAUUCCUGACCCCAAGAAUGAAAGCAAACAGAAAACCAAAACCAUCCGCUCCACACUAAACCCUCAAUGGAAUGAGUCCUUCACCUUCAAACUAAAACCUUCAGACAAAGACCGACGACUGUCUGUAGAAAUCUGGGACUGGGAUCGAACGACCCGGAAUGACUUCAUGGGUUCCCUUUCCUUUGGUGUCUCAGAGCUGAUGAAGAUGCCAGCCAGUGGAUGGUACAAGUUGCUCAACCAAGAAGAGGGUGAAUACUACAACGUGCCCAUCCCAGAAGGGGAUGAAGAAGGCAAUGUGGAACUCAGGCAGAAGUUUGAGAAAGCCAAGCUCGGCCCUGCUGGUAACAAAGUCAUCAGCCCUUCAGAAGACAGGAAGCAACCGUCCAACAACCUUGACAGAGUGAAGCUCACAGACUUCAAUUUCCUCAUGGUGCUGGGGAAGGGGAGUUUUGGGAAGGUGAUGCUCGCUGACAGGAAGGGAACAGAGGAACUGUAUGCCAUCAAAAUCCUGAAGAAGGACGUGGUGAUCCAGGACGAUGACGUGGAGUGCACCAUGGUGGAAAAGCGGGUUCUGGCCCUGCUAGACAAGCCCCCGUUCCUGACACAGCUGCACUCCUGUUUCCAGACUGUGGACCGGCUGUACUUCGUCAUGGAAUACGUCAACGGUGGGGACCUCAUGUACCACAUUCAGCAAGUAGGGAAAUUUAAGGAACCACAAGCAGUAUUCUAUGCAGCGGAGAUCUCCAUUGGACUGUUCUUCCUUCACAAAAGAGGAAUCAUUUACAGGGAUCUGAAGCUGGACAAUGUCAUGCUGGAUUCAGAAGGACAUAUCAAGAUCGCUGAUUUUGGCAUGUGCAAGGAGCACAUGAUGGAUGGAGUCACGACUAGGACCUUCUGUGGGACUCCUGAUUACAUUGCCCCAGAGAUAAUUGCUUACCAACCAUAUGGAAAAUCUGUGGACUGGUGGGCGUACGGUGUGCUGCUGUAUGAGAUGCUCGCCGGGCAGCCUCCGUUUGAUGGUGAAGAUGAGGACGAACUGUUUCAGUCUAUAAUGGAGCACAACGUGUCCUACCCCAAAUCCUUGUCCAAGGAGGCUGUCUCCAUCUGCAAAGGACUUAUGACCAAACACCCUGCCAAGCGGCUGGGCUGCGGGCCCGAGGGAGAGAGGGAUGUCAGAGAGCAUGCCUUCUUCAGGAGAAUCGACUGGGAAAAACUGGAGAACCGGGAGAUCCAGCCACCAUUCAAGCCCAAAGUGUGUGGCAAAGGAGCCGAAAACUUUGACAAGUUCUUUACGCGAGGACAGCCUGUCUUAACACCACCAGAUCAGCUGGUCAUCGCUAACAUAGACCAGUCUGAUUUUGAAGGGUUCUCAUAUGUCAACCCCCAGUUUGUGCACCCAAUCUUGCAAAGUGCAGUAUGAAAUCUGAAAAUGAGAGAUCAAAUGCCUCCCCAGCCCCCAGCCUCCCCAGCAGUGGGAAAUGAUCCUUAACCUAAAAUUUUAAGGCUAUGGCCUUGUAUUUUGUUCCACACAGAGACCUGAAAAUUCUAAGGACAUUAGUCCAUAAGUGAUCAACUUUUCAGGUUCUCUCUCUCUCUCUCUCUCUCUCUCUCUCUCUCUCUCUCUCUCUCUCUCUCUCCCUCCCUCCCUCCCUCUUCUCUUUUACAAUGAAGAACAUUAUCUUAGUGGAUGAUGACAUAAUGUACAGAGUCCAGCUUAAUUAUGUAGAAGCACAUCUGACUCUAAGUUAAUUCUUCCUGGAAAACAAAGAGAUUUGUACCCCCUCCCCUUUUUGGUACGAUUUGAUAUAUUCUCCAUACCCUCCAUCUUUGGAUUUUCAUCAUGAGGAUCCCUCAACCAGAGAUAGUAAAGUGAACCUGCUCCAGCUCAAGCACUGGAAACAUCUCCACCCAAGGUGUCUUUGGAAUGAAAGAACAGGAAGCCCAAAGAGUAAGCAAUGAGAGGUUGGGGGGUAGUAGUGUCUUCAAGACCCCAUUGCUUCUAUUCUCUGCUUCAAUAGAAACAGUCCCUAGAAUCUGAGAGGGCAGGAUGGACCUAAUCACCGUUCCCAAAUGUCAUAGCACAUCCAUAGUGCAGCAAUGUGACAAUGAAAGAAAACUUUAGACGAAUAUUCACUGAAUCUAUCAUCUGUGUUGCCCUACUUGGUUGAUAACUAUCUUAAUAACUCAUUCUUUUUAAGAGGCCAAAUCAUGUAAGGACAUUGCUAAACAAGCAUGUGAAAUCAUUUCAGAUCAAGGAUAAACCAUGUGUAUGUUCAUUUUAAUCUCUGGGAAAUGAUUCUUCAGUCCAGGGUGCCAUCAGUAAUCAUGCCACUAUUCACGAGUGUUGUUAGCCAACCCCACACACAUGAUAAUAUUUGCUACCUUUGUGGGUACCUUCCUAAGAAGCUGAUGUGUAUGCCCCUAUCCCUUUUUGUACUAUUUAUUUAAUAAGCUGCGGUGUCGUUUAUGAAAGUACAAUGUAUAGUAAUUUAAUCAAAGUGUUGACUAGCAUCAGUCCCUAUUGAUUGGUUUUCCUCCUCUUCUCUAGCCCUACCAUCCACUUAGAGAUGAAAAACAGUAUAGUUUGCGCUCCCAUUUCCAGUUCCUAUCGAAUGACACACCUGGAGCUGUAGGAUCAAGAUACUUUAUGCUUAUAUCAGCUCAAAGAUGUUUUCUUUCUAGAAGGAUUUUAAUAUGUUUUGCGAGUGCAUCAUGCAAUGGAUUUUGCAUGUUUAUAACAAACCUUAAUAACAAGUUAAUCUAUAUUAUUGAUAUAAUUAUAUCAAGUAUAAAGAGUAUUAUGAUAAUUUUUAUAAGACACAAUUGUGCUAUAUUUGUGAAGGCUCAUGUUUCCAGUCUGCUUUACAUGUUAGCUUUAUUCAUUGCUGCUGUGCUCUCUCUUACCCGCAACCCCACACACUGGCACUCUAUAAGAUAUAUUAAUUUUUUAAUGUAGAUGUAAUUUUAAAAAUGAAUGGCUACUUUACACAUUUAACUAGGCUUUUACUAUAUAUGUGUAUAUAUGUGUAUAUAUAUAUUUGAUUCUACCUGCAAACCCUGGUUUUGUUUGUGGGAAUUAUUUUUGAGAUGAGACUCUGUUAACUUCAUGUCCUCCUCUGUCUGGGUUCCUCCACCACUCCUCCUCUUGGGGAUAGCUGGAAGCAUCUAAUUCCAGUAUGUCUGAUAUGUUCAUGUAUGUGUGGCAUUGUUACAGCACCUGGGCUGAACUCCGUGUGUGUGUGUGUGUGUGUGUGUGUGUGUGUGUGUGUGUGUGUCUGUGUGUGUCUGUCUGUAUGUGUGUGUGUGUGUCUGUCUGUGUGUGUGUGUCUUUGUCUGUGUUUCUGUCUGUCUGUCUUAUUCUUUUCAGCCUAUGUCUUUUGGAGACUCUAGGGGUAAAAAGGUGGGAGGAUUACUUCCCGUAUGUUCAUAUAGACACACCAGAAGUAUGUAGUCUGUCUUCUUGUCCUAGAAUGACUCAGUGUGUACUCCAGAACACACAAACUCCAUAAGACAAACUUUAUCCCCAUGCCUACAUACAAUCACCCCUGAAGCUGUCACCAACAGACUCUUCUCAGAGGCACACACUGUCUUAAAGCUGUUGCUAGAACAUUCCGGUCUUUGAAGAGCACAUCUUUGGUCAAACACCUUCCCAGUCCAUGGUGUUUAGAAGAAGCAGGCUUUUGCAGCAUUAAGAACAGGUGGAAAUGGAAGUUCCACCUGUCCUUAUAGAAGGCAUCUCUCCCCAGAGCGUCUCCCAGCUCUCUUUGUUAUUCUCCACCUGUCUGCCUGACAGUCACAUAAUGUGCAAACCACCAAGAGUGUUUGAGAUAAGGAACAUAGGCUGUUCUGAAAACCCCUAUCAGAAGGAGAUAUGGAGCCAGGAAUGGGCCAACCCAGAAGAGAGCAGUUUCUUCUGCAAUUUUUCAUGAAUUCCAGACUUCAGAACUCAAAAAGGGUCUCAAGUAUGGCUCUUAGAAGUUCAACUCAUCAUCUUGGUGGCCAGCCUUAUCAAAAACACUAUACUUGGUCCAACGGUAAAGAAACUGGUGUAUGAGCCUUGGAAAUGAAAGGAUUGUUCUUUACCAAGGGAACCUCUCAAGGUGCGGGAAGCCACAGAGAAGAAACACAAGGGUCGUAGACAAUCCGUCCCAAGGUGCCAAGCUGCCUGCUUGCUUUAAGCAAGUAGCAGGCUUGAGUUUUCCCUUAAAUAGCCAGCAUCCAGCUCCAAGUGAUUCAACUUCCCUAGAAAACACGUGCAAUCCCUUGAGUGGCUUGUAUGCUUAGAGAAUAUGAAACAACAUUCUCAAAAGGGAGAGAAAAAAACAGAAAACAUGACAUAGCCACAGAGCCAGCAUUUGCCUAAGGAACACAACACACUGGAGAAGAAACCUAGGAGAAAUGAUAACAAUUUAAGGAUGUAUUCAUGAUGCAGCCUAUUUUAUACACUGCUGAGUGUUAAAUUUAGAUUAAAGGCUAAUACUUUAAAGAUCUGGGCAGCCUGAGACAGUUAUUGCUGCAAAACUAACUCAUGUGUAUAGCCAUUAACAGCUCUUAGGCAGGAUCAACUGAUAAAAUUCUACACCAUUGUCCCACUUCACAGGCCCUGUGUGAAAUGGGGCUCCAGGAAAAAGACUGCUGUUUGAACUGAAGCAACCACUGUGGCAGCUGGAAUCAGGAGAGUGCCUUGAAGGGUUUAGUCCCUGGGGGAGCUCUUUAGGAAGCACCUGGUCUCAGUCGGACUCUGCCUGCAGUGAUAGGUCCUGUGGACAGAACCUAGCACAAUAUGAGUCUCCACAGGACCCAUCUGGCUGUGACCCAGAAAAUCCACUGAAAUUACUUUGUAUUAUAUUCCCCUGGAAGCUGCCAUUGCUCAGUGGCAGCUCUUCCCUCUUCCACCACAGGCCAGUGGGGCUAGCUCUGCUUUUGGCAUGGCAUCUAAAGUUCCCCAGUUGAAUGGAAGACGCUGGAGUAUGCUGCCAGGUACAGCCCUGGCAGUUAAUGGGAGGCCCACCUCCAGGCAGGAGCUAAUUCAGGAAGUAAAUGAGAAGCCCCAGGAACUAAAAUGACUGCCCUUCACCACAUCACCCUCUGAUCUCUGUGGCCUGGCUUGAGCCUUUUCUUUAAUUGGCCUUUUUAUUAGUAAUUUGAGAAAUUCGGGAGGCCAAGAGUUUUCUGAAAGCUCGGCCUGCGAUGGUCACAUGAAAGAUCACCGGAGGCCAGUUUUAACCCUCAAGUGUUGUCGCUCAUUUGCUACUGUUCUUAGCAGCAUGUGGUGGCUUGUCAAGCCCAAAAGAACCACCCAUUGAUGUGUCCCAAAGAGGAGGAGGCUGAGGUCAACACCAUCAGGGAAGAGCAGGGUUUGAGUUCACCCAGAAAGACAGGGAAGGUGGGGGAGAGGCUGUGGUACCUGCCUGGGCUUUCCACUGGGGGUCAUUGUUGCAAAUGGAAGUUACCCUUUGUUGGUCCUGAAAUGUGUGAUUUUGUCAAGGAUACAGUCUGUUCCUUCUCAGACCCUCCCAUCUGUAAGAAGUCCUUUGCCCUGGGUGGAGUCAGGCCAGCCAGCAGACCCUGGAAGGAAGCCACUCAGCUCCGCCUCUUUUUCUCUUAUAAUUUCGGCAGCUGAGACUAGGUGCACAAGUUGGAAAAACAAACAAACAAAAAACAACCAACAGUGUCCUGCCAGCUUCUGCUUAGCAGAAAAAAUAGGAAGGCUUUGUGCAUGGCUUUCUUUUCUCAAAAUAGAAGAGAGGGGAAACUGAGGGUCAUGUGCUUUUAAAUGCCUCAGCAAGGCAACACCACCUGACAGUCCGUGUCUCACCUUUCCUGUGUGUCACACUGUUUCCUAUUUGUUUACAGCCCCAGAAGGGAAGGGGUGCCUGCCCCUGCCCCACGACUGAGCACACCAAACAGGCAUGCUCAGGAGAUGCAUGCUGAGCCAGGGACCUGAAAGGAUGCUGACCAUGAGAGGUUCAGGACAAUGGUUAGCACUGGCUUUCCUAACACUAGCUUGACACAAUGUUAGGAAACAGGUUUGGAAAAUGGUUUUCCUUGAACUGCUGCUAACAAAAUAUGCUGGAACAGUCAAGACUGCUGGCAUGUCUUAUGUGGGCCAGUGCAGCAAAUGUAGAGAAAGACGUUUCUUUCUGCUGUUAGAAUAGUCCAGAAAAUCGGGAAAGGGUGCUUGAGACAUGCACAGAUGCAGUGUUCUAGAAAUGGUGUCCACAGCUGUCCUGGUGAUAGGUCAGCAUCAGGACUCAAUGGCUAAAAGGAUGUACGGCUCAGCUUUCUGUGCCCCUCAUUCAUGUGGUCAGGUGUGAGUUAAUAAACACACUGAACACACUUAAGUCAUUCAACAGCCUUACUGUGACCCUCCCCAGAAGCCCACAAGUUCCAAAGACUUUUUUUUUAAACCCAAAACAAGAAAUUAACUUAUUAACUCCAGUAGAAGACCUGAAUAUCCUGGGCUAUUUGUACUUUUUUAUAGAAAACUUUAAUAACUCAAUUCUUUUCAAAUGAGUUUUUUAAAAUAAAACUAAUAAAAAUUUCAUAAAAUUCCAAUUCCAUGGAGCCUAUAGGAGGAUUUAAUCCGAGUUGGAUAGAGCACCCUUGACCUGCAAUCCCACUGCAGGAUUUUCCCACACCAGUAAAAUCUGAAGCCCACAUAUCAUUAAACUGUAGGGAAGGUGGCUUCAUAGGCCCCCUUCCUGAUGCAGCCCUGGGAGAGCAUUCUUGGGGAUCUCGAGGACCCCCUCCUCUUGCUCUCUAAGAGUCUGUGAACAAGGGGGUGCUUCUUCAACUCUGUCUCCAGUUGCUUCUGGUCCCUCGGUCUCUCACAUUUGGUAAAGAUUGAGAGAUGCCCUCUAAGGAUUUUGCCCACUGGGCAAUGCAAAGCUUCUAUCCCAGGAAGUAAGAGCAGCAUCGAGUGUGCCUAAGGCAUCCGCUUCCAUGUCCCUGUGUACGAGUAGACAGAACCCUACUUUUCAGAAACUAGCUCUUGUCCCACUUUGUAAGAACCCCCUUUUCUAAAAUACGACAAAAGGCGGCUUUGCACUUUCUGAUUAAACAGCUGUGUCUUUUGUCUCCCGCUUCAUUUAAAGACUAUUCUGUGAUCAAUGUUUGUAGAUUUUUGUUAAUAUUUUGCCUGGAAAAAAUGUGACUCUCUCUUUGGGAGGUUUGGUAGACUAUUGAAAAUUAUACAUGAAGGUGGCUACUAUUUUGAGCCUAAGUGUUUUCUAAGAAUUGGCCUCCUGUCCUGACUAUGAAGGUUUUUUGAGAUUAUCUUUUAUAGGCGAUCAGAAGCAUUGGAAGUUGCGUUUCCUGCAUGGUUUCUGUUUUGUUUUAUGAAGGACGCGCCAUGUUUAAAUCUCUCAUUGAAAAACACCAUGCAAAACCCCAAAUUGGUUUGGAGGAAGGAGUGAAGGCCGAGGUUUUCUGCCUGAAUAGGCCACCGUUACUGAUGAGCCGGAGGGGCUGCUCACUUGGUCAGCUAGCAGGGGAGAAGGAUAUGUAAAUUACUGCAUAGCUUUCUUGGAUUUGUGUAACCUCUAAUCUUUGUUUGCAUGAUUCGCUUUGUUAGAUGCAUUCAUUGUAGUUCGGAAGCAAGUGUGUAUGAAUAAAGAUACUGAUCACUGCUGA